AUGUUUUAUUUCCACUGCCCGCCACAACUAGAGGGCACUGCACCCUUUGGCAACCACUCAACGGGGGACUUUGAUGAUGGCUUUUUGCGCAGAAAACAGCGGAGGAACCGAACAACAUUCACUCUUCAGCAGCUGGAAGCUCUUGAGGCAGUUUUUGCCCAAACGCACUAUCCAGAUGUCUUUACCAGAGAAGAGCUAGCCAUGAAAAUAAACCUCACAGAAGCUAGAGUGCAGGUGUGGUUUCAGAACCGAAGGGCCAAGUGGAGGAAAACAGAGAGAGGGGCCUCAGACCAAGAACCUGGUGCCAAGGAGCCCAUGGCGGAGGUGACACCUCCACCAGUGAGAAACAUCAACUCACCGCCCCCCGGGGACCAGGCCCGGAACAAGAAAGACACUCUGGAGGCCCCACAGAGCCUGGGGCGAACAGUGGGUCCCGCAGGACCUUUCUUCCCCUCUUGUUUGCCAGGGACCAUCCUGAACACGGCCACAUAUGCCCAGGCCUUGUCGCACGUUGCCUCCUUGAAAGGGGGUCCACUGUGUUCUUGCUGUGUUCCAGACCCCAUGGGAUUGUCUUUCCUCCCUACCUAUGGCUGCCAGAGUAACCGCACAGCCAGCGUGGCCGCCCUGCGCAUGAAAGCCCGAGAGCAUUCAGAAGCUGUACUGCAGUCAGCCAACCUCUUGCCAUCCACCAGCAGCAGUCCCAGUCCCUCUGCCAAGCGGGCGCCCCCGGAUGGCAGCCAGGACAAGAAUCCUCCUGCUAAGGAACAGAGCGAGGGUGAGAAGACAGUGUGAGGCCCAGGGUGU